AUGGAAUCCUCAUCACCCCGUGAAAGGUCCCCCUGCCUUGCGCAAUCCAGCUCGCGCGUGCAUCCCAGCCCGCUGAACCUCCCGGUCGGCGCGUCUCCCCUCGCUGGUCCCCCAGCCGCGGAGGCUUCCCCGUCGCGCGGCGGAUGGGGCGCAAAGUGGGCGUUCUCGGGGCGAAAGUCCAGCCCCAGGCGCGCGCGUUCGAUGUCCCCCGUUCCGCGCAGGGGGAAGGAAGCCCCGCCUGUAACUGUUACCACGGCGGCGAACAAUUUCGCGACGCCAGGCCCAACUCUCCCCACGCGUCGCGUGGGCAGGCUCUGGUCAGCCGCGCCGCCACCGCCAGCAACGUACAUGCAAGCCCCGGCCGUGGCGGCGGCGAACGAGGGAGAAAACGCCGCACAUCACGGGUUUCCGUGCUUAACAGUGGGGGAACACGAGGUUGGGGAGAGACGACGCGUGGCGCAAGGGCCGGGCGGACCGCAGGUCGGAAGCUCCCCCAGCAUCGGCGCAAUUGCGGGCGCGGGAGCGGGCGGUGCGGGCCUGCUUGCGCUGCAGCUGCAGCUGCAACAAACGGAUGACGACGAAUACGACGAACCGCCGGCCAUGGAUGGCGAGUAUUAUUCAGACUACGCGCACCAGCAGCACGGCGGAAUAACUCCGCCAGAAAUGCCGCAGCGGAAGAAGAAAGCGGCGGUUUUCCGCGGAUGGUCGUACCUGAUCAAGGCGCUCUCCCGCGGGAUGCGGAAGAGCAAGCAGCGCGGACGCAGCCCCAGCCCUGACAGGCGCGCGCAGUACGCGGGGGAAGGCAGCGGCGGAGGCGCAACUCCGACUCCGCCUCCUUGCGCGUUUGUGCGCGUGGGCGGAGAGGUGAUCCCCGUGCAGCCGGGGCAGGUGCAGGAGCAGGUGCGCGCGUUGGAGCGGCGCAUUAACUUCUCCACGGAGGCGGAACCCCGGACGCCUGAGAUGCGCGCGCAAGCGCCUUACGGAACGGUUCUACCCGCAGUGGGGGGCGCGGACGGCGGAAGAGCUGCGCAAAUUGGGGGAGAAGGAGGGAGAAAGGAAGGAGGAGUUGCGCUGGUGGAUGUGGGGCGAGUGGGGCUGGGGGGAAGCCGCGGAGCGGCGCAAGGGGAGGGGAGCGCGCGAACCAGACCCGCGCUUGUGGGGAGCUUGCGCUCAUGGCACAACGAGGCGGGGGAGGAAAAGCGCGAUUUGGGAGACGCGGAGCAAGCGGGGGAAGAGACUGCGGAGGCGGAAGGGGAGCGGAAGCUCCGCGCUGGCGCUGCGGCUGCUAAAGCGGCUGCGGCUGAGGGAAAGAAUGACUCCUCUUCGUCUUCGGCAGUCACACCGGCCAUCGGAUGGGGUAUGGGGUUCAGAAGUGCGCGCAUGGUGCUGCAGGCGCAAACCACGGGCGCGGAGACGGAGAAGGCGGAGGAGGAGGACGAGGAGGAGGAAGGAGAGGCGGCGGUCUCGAAACGCACGGAGGUGGAAGAGGAGGAGGCGGAAGCGGAGAGGAAGGCGGAUGCAGAGGGGGAGAAAUCGGACGUGACAGAAACGGCGAGCGGCGUUGGAAUGGCAAGCGCGGCGGAGGUGCAAGACUAUGCGGCACUUGCGGACAAGAUGGAUGUCGAGGAUGUCACUAACGAGGAUGAAGCCGACGCGGGCAUUCCAGCGGUUCACGAGGAGGAGGAUGAGGAGGAGGAAGAGGAGGGGGACGGGGAAGAGGAGGAGGAGCGGAUCCGCGAGAUGCUGCGCAGCGGCGUGGGCGCGGGCGUGUUGCGCGCGAGCGGGAACUGGCUGGAGCAGGUGGCGGCGGCGGAGCGCGACGGCGCAGUGGACGUGGCGGCGCGGCUGCUGGAGCUCGCCAAGGAAUGCGGCGCGCAGCCGGAGCAUGAGAUCGACGAGGCUCGAGCGGACGAUGGCGAUGCUGGUGCAGAACAAGGGUGUGUUGAGCAAGAGGAGGCUGAUGCAGUGAGCGAGGCAGAGGCGGCAGGCGCGCCUGCUCUGACCCCCGAGAAGGAAGAGGAGGAGAGUGGAGGCAUGAUGGUGAAAAGAGAGGAGGAGGUGUUGAAGGAGGAACAAGUGGCGGUGGAGGAGAUGGAGGAGGAGGUUGUGAUAGAGGCGGUGGAGGAGACGGAGCAGGAGGAUGAUGGGGAGGAGCACGACUUCAAUGCUGGUAACGCACAGGAGGGUGAUGACCUCUCCGCGCUGCUAGCCUUGGCUGUGGAGGACGCUGCACCAGACACGGAGCAGGCGGAGGAGGAGGAGGUGGCGAGGGACGAGCAGGAGCAAGUGGAGGAAGCCCACACAGCCGAAGAGACGGAUGCUGCUCUGUUCCUUAGCUUUGAAACCUCUUCUGACGCUGAUGCUGCUGAUGCUGAUGCUGAUGCUGCUGAUGCUGAUGCUGAUGCUGCUGAUGCUGAUGCUGAUGCUGCUGACGCUGAUGCUGAUUCUGCGCAUGCCGCCCCAGAAGGACUCGUUAAGGAGGAGGAGGAGGUGGAGAAGGAAGAGGUGAAGGACGGAAGUGUUGAGGAGGAGGUAAUACAUGGUGUUGAUGUGGCAUGGCUGGUGGACGGUGGAGGGGUGCAGGAGGAGCAAGAGGAGGAGGAUGAGGAUGAAGUGGAAGCGAUUCAUUCGAGCAAGGAGCAGGAGGAGAGUGAGUCGCAGGCGACAGUGGAGGAGGAGGAGGACAGGGAGGAACGGGAAGAGGAGGAGGAGGACGAGGAGGUGGAGGAGGAGGAGGUGGAGGGGGAGAGCGAUGAAGAAGCAGGUGGGGAGGAAUCUGAAGUGUUCGCGGUGGAUGGUGCUGCCGUGCAUGAGCAGACAGCGCCGAUGGAGGUGGAACUAUGUAAGGAGCGAGAGGAGGGCGAUGAGGGAGUAGAGGAAAGCGAGGAGGGAGAGGAGGAGAAGGAAGAGGAUGUUGAAGAUGCAGCGGCUGCAGAGGCAGGAGCAGCUGCUUCUGCUGCUGCUGCUGCUGCUGCUGCUGCUGCUGCUGCGUGGUGGGAAGUUGAAGCUACUCCCUUGACAGAAGUAGAAGCGGACGUGCAGACCGAGGAGGAUGAGUUGGAAGAGGCUGAGAGGCUCGAGGCGGAGAGGGAGGUUCGACAGCAAUUGGUGCUGGAGGAGGAGGAGGAGGAGGAGGAGGAGGAGGAGGAGGAGGAGGAGGAGGAGGAGGAGGAGGAGGAGGAGGAGGAGGAGGAGGAGGAGGAGGAGGAGGAGGAGGAGGAGGAGGAGGAGGAGGAGGAGGAGGAGGAGGAGGAGGAGGAGGAGGAGGAGGAGGAGGAGGAGGAGGAGAAAGCGGUGGACGAGGAGGCGGCGGAAGAGGCGGAGGAGGCGGAGGUUGCCGCUGAGGGGUGCUCUGAGACGUCACAAGCCGUGCUGGAGGAAUUGGAGGAGGUGCGGGAGGAGAAUGCGGUGGGAAGUGAAUAUGGAGCUUCUGUUGCAGUCGAUGGCUUGAGCGAGUCAGAUGAGCCGUCCUCGUUUGUGGACUCCAUGCUCCUCGACCUUGCAUCUGGAGUUGGUCAGGAGGACGCUGCUGCUGCUCCACCUGCUGUGACUGCUUCACCCCAUGCAGUGGUUGCUUCUGUCGACGCCGUUACUGCGGCUACCUCUGUCAGUGCUGUGAGCAUCGAUGGCGCCGUGGACGCUUCACAUGCUGACGCUGAGCCGACUCUGUUGGAUGGCUCCGUGGCCGAAGCCUCAGGAGGCUCGGAGGGAGAGGCAGAGGCAGUGGAGAGCGGAGACGAGGGUGGAAGUGGCGUAGAGGGUGAGGGUGAACAAGCUGGCGUGGUGGCUGUGGGAGGCGUGGAGGUGCUGGAGGUUGAGGAGAAGGAAGAGGAGGAGGAGAAGAAGGAGGAGGAGGGUGCGAGGUUUGAGAUGGUAGGCGAGGAGUGCGAGACGGAUGGUGGAGAGAAGGGAGAGGAGGAGCAAGAGAGGAGGGCAAAGGAGCAAGCUGAGUCAGGGCUGGUGGAGGCGGUGGUGGCGCGUGAUGAAGGGGAGACGAUGGAUGUGCAGGCGGGAGGCGCGGAGGAAGAGAUAGAGGGGCCGGAAGAGGACGAGGAGGAAGAGGCGGAGGGAGAGGAGGCGGAAGUAUACGUGGCAAAGCUUUCUCACGUGGAAGGUGGGGCGUCAGGUGCUGUUGAAGAGACGAGCCUAUGGUGGAAGACGGAGGAGAGCCGCGCAGAUAAUGCAGCAGAAGACGAGAGUGAAGGCGAGGCAGAUUUGGCGGCGCUGGAGGUAUGCGAGGUGGCGAGCGAGGAGGAGGAGGCGGAGGAGGAAAGUAGGGAGGAGGGAGUGAGGGACGGAGAGCAGGAGGAAGAGGAGGUGGAGGAGGUUGGUGAGUUGUUGCUUAUCACAGGGAAUGGUGUGAUAGGAGAGGUGGAAGGGAGGGAAGAGACCGUGACAGUGGGAGGGAAAGAGGCAGUUGGGGAGGAAGAUUCAGUGGCGGAGGAAGGAAGAGUGGAAGAGGAGGGGCGAGGAGGAGGAAAUGAAGGAGGAGGAGGAGCAAGUGGCAGUAGAGGAGGAGGGGAGGAGGAGGAGGAGCAAGUGGCAGUAGAGGAGGAGGGGGAGGAGGAGGAGGAGCAAGUGGCAGUAGAGGAGGAGGGGGAGGAGGAGGAGGAGCAAGUGGCAGUAGAGGAGGAGGCAAAUUUGGACCUUGAGGCCCUGGUUGAAGCGUUCGGAGAGGAUGGUGACGGGGACGAGGGAGUGGGAGAGGACGAACAGGAAGAGUUGAAAGAGGUGGAAGAGGAUGAGUGGGAGACAGCGAUGCAAGGGCUGGAGCAAGCCGCAGAGGAAGUGGCGGCAGAGGAGGUGGUAGCAGAGGAGGAAGAGGAGAUUGCGUCAGAGCAGCAGGAGGAGGAGGAGGAGGCGGUGGGGGGAAGGGAAAGCGGGGUGAGGGAUGCGGUGGAGGAGGAGAGUGAGGCGAGGGUAGCAGAGGAGGAUGAGAGCGAGCAAGUGAAUGGAGUGGAAGGGGUGACAGAGGACGCUGCAGAAGAGGAGGCGAGUGAGGAGGAGGUUAUCGAGAAGGAGGUGAGUGAGGAGGAGGUUAUCGAGAAGGAGGUGAGUGAGGAGGGGACGAACGAGGAGAAGUUGAGUGAGGAGGUGGGUGGGGAGGUGUGUGAGGAGAUGGAAGUAGCAGUUGCAGUGAGCGAGGUGGCUUGUGCAGUGCGGGAAGAGGCGGACGAGGAGGCAUUUGAGGGAGAGAGGGACGUGGAAGGAGCAGAAGGGUUAGAGAUUGGUGGCAAGGGGGGGAGGGAGAGUGGAGGAGAGGAGGGAGAGAGCAAUGCAUUGGUGGAAGCAGCUGGUUGGGAUGAGACCCAGGUUGGUGUGACGGAAUGGGAGCGCUCAGAGCAAAUGGAGGAGGAGGAGGAGGUUAAGAAGAAGGUUGAGGAGGAGAGGGCGCAUGCGGAGGAGGGGAAAGAAGAGGAAGCGGAGGAGGAGGGGGAGGGGGAGGAGAGAAAGGAAAAGGAAGACGAAGAGGAGGCGGAAUUGGGGGGUGGUGGAUUGCGGGAGAGUGUGAGUCUGGUGGGAGUGGACGAGCUGAUUAUGCUGAUGGAAGAGGAGGAGGAGAAGCACGUGCGCUCGGAAGGGGCUGAGGGAGAGACGGAGAAGCGAGAGGCGGAGGAGCACGAGGCGGAGGGGGCUGAUGAACCCUCUUCAGCAGUGGAGGAAGCAGUGGCAGAGAAUUGUUCAGUCGCCACUAGCACUGCUGCAGAGGAGAUUGAAGUGCGGGUGGAGGCAAGGGAGGAGGCCAAGGAGGUAGCUAAGGAGGAAACGAAAAGCCAAGGAGCAGAAGGCCAGGCGAAGGAACCCGGAGAGGAGGAAGGGAGGAAGGAAUCAUGGGAGGCAUCAGGAGGGAGUGUAUGGGAUGACGAGGACCUGGAGAGCGGCGACGGGCAUCUGAGCGACGUGCUGGGGCCCAUGAGCCCGCCCUCCCGCCCCACGUCUCUGCCCACUUCGUGCCCCACAUCGCCCCCCUCUCGCCACGCAGUCUUCCCUGCUGACAAGCUCCCUGGCGGCAGCUGCUCAGGGCGAACCCGCCACACUGCUGCUGCUGCCGCUGCCGCUGCUGCCGCUGGUGCCGCUAGUGGUGCCUUUGCCGUGAAGGAGGCCGGGAAGGAGGUGGCAGCGAUGGAGGAGGAGCAGCGGAGGAGGGCAGAGGAGGCGGAGGACGAGGCGGCAUGGGAGGCGCUCAUACAAAGCGACAUGGACUGGGAGAUGCUAUACGGGGGGUACCUCACAGGAGGGAGCGCGUCUGGCAGUGUGUGCAGCAGCAGGCGAGGGGCUAUUGCUGCUGCGAUAGCAGCCGGAGGUGGUAAGGGACGAGCCCUGAUGGAUAGCUGCAUGCGCAGUAGUGGAGGCAGCACCACGAGCAGCAUUGCAGCAGCGGUGGCUGUUCUCGCUGCUGCUAGAAGAUCAGCCACUGCUGCUGGUGCUGCUGGCCCUGCUGGUCCUGCUGCUGCUGCUGCUGCUGCUGCUGUCGCUUCUCGUGCCACUCCAUCUGCUGCUGAUGUUGGUGCUACCACUGGAUAUGGGGCAGGUGGUGGUGGUGCUGAUGGUGUGGAUUGUGGCGCCAGUGAGUGCGGCAGCAGCAUCAACAACUGGCAGCAAUUCGACACGGCCAGCAUGUAUGAGUAUGAGCAGCAGCAGCAGCAGCACAAGAGCCCUAUCGUGCUCGCAGCUGCAGCUGCCAAGUCUGCUGUGGAGGCCGCCAAGGCAGCAGGAGGAAGAGCAGGUGGUGCUGCUGCUGCCAGAGGAGCAGCAGGCGGCAAGGCAGGCGCCAGAACCCAGCAGCAGCAGCAGCAGCAGCAGCAGCAGUUUCCCCGCUCUAGCACCCCCAAGGCGUCAGGGUAUGGAGGAGCAAGGCCCGGCGGGGGAGCAGGAAGAGGAAACGGGCUGAACGGGCUCGGUCGCUCGCCUGUUCGGGGAGCAGGAGUGGGACGAGCAGGAGUGGGUGCUGGUACUAACAGUGGUGUGGGAAUGAUGGCUGAUGAGAGAAGGCGCGCGUCACCGGUGCCUGGGGGAGGAAGGGGACGGGGACUGGUUGGAGGAGGUGCAGGCGCCAGCUCACCCUCCCUUGCGUCCAGGUCAACAUCAGCCAUGCAUGCUCACUCGGCGUCCCCGCACGGGGUCCGUGGUCAAGCUAGUGGUGGAGCAGGAGUUGCAGGGUUUGCAAGUAGCAACAGCACCGGCAGUGCAUGGGCUGCCAAGCCUCCCAGCCCGCGCAGUCCAAGCCCGGGAGACAGACUGCCAUGGGGAGGAGCAGCAGGUGGGGCAGCAGGCGCCGUGGGGCGUGGGCGUGGGUCACCAAGGCCAGGAAGGAAACUAUCUGCGCCCACCACAUCAUCAAGGCUGAUUUAG